AUGGAAAAUCAUAGAGAAGAUGAGAUUGAAGACAACAUGUCAAUGUCACCGCCUUCCGUCGGUUCCAUGCAGAUUGCAGGAAGCAAUGGAUUUGGUCAUAUCAUGGAGUUCAUGUCUCAGGCAUACCUUCACAAUCGGUAUCUGGAGAUUGAUAUACCAGUCGAGGAUUCAACUUUCAACCAAGAUCCUCCUCUUCCGGUAUAUCUCAAGUUUGAAGACGUAGAGUUCAAAGUGCGAAAUUGCCAAGUAGCUUCCAAGAACCCUGUGAAAACAAUGGUGUCAAAGGUAGCCACACAAAACAAUGUGGAAGAGAAAAAGAAAUACAAGACAAUUCUAAAGGGUAUCACUGGAAGCACUAAUGUGUAA